AUGUUCUGGCUGGUUGGAUUUGUAUUACAGGUAAAUUUUAUUUAUUCGUGUUUGGGGGUCGGGUAUCCAUUAAGUUGAUAUAAAGUUACUAUCGCUUUGAUACGGGCGAUAUAAAAUUACAAUUAAUGGGAUAGAGUUACUAUUGCUUUGAUACGCUUGAUAUAAGUUUACCUAGUUGAUAUCUAAGUAAUUAAGGGAUACAGGGCUUAUGUGCUUUGCUACAAAAUUAUUUUUGAUUUUAAAUACAUAAAAUCAGUAUGAGCUUCUUAUUACUGACAUAAAGUUGUCGUGGUGAUAGUUAUAUUUAGCUUGGUAUGAACCAAUUUGAUAUGUUGAUUUUUUAAAUCAGUAUACUUACUUGAUCUUUAUUUCAGAUAUCAUUUGUAAUAUCAAGGUCAGGAGAAUGUGAUCCUGAACAUAGUAAACACUGGUAUCCAGUCCAGAAUGACACUUCUAAGUUCUUCUUUUGUCAUCCUACUAAACGGUGUGUUCAAAAUGUGUUUUAUAGAAACAAUUUGUUUUAGUAAUACUAUAAAUUAAUAACUUCAAAGAAUUUUUUGAAAAAAAGCGAAUAUUAAUGCUAAACUAUAAAAAUUGUUUGUUUAUAUAAGUUGAAAAUAUAUUUUAGGGUAUUCCAACUAGAUGAAUGCCAAACCGAGAACAAUAUUCCUAAAUCCUUUGAUUUCGCCUUACAAAAGUGCGUUUUACCAAACAUCACAGCUGACGAACAACAUCUUCCAUCGACUUUUGAACUCUCAACGUCCCAAAAAGAUGAAAAACUGCAAAAUCAUGCCCCAAAACAACAAUUUGGAACAGUGCCAAGUCUGGACACGAUUGGUCAAAAGAUUCUUGGCCGAUUGCCAGAGUAUCCAAGAGCUUUCAACGAACUUGAUGUACUUGAAUGUCCUCGAGAAAGAACGGCUUUAAAGGUGAAUGGAAACAAUGUGGAAUGUAGUGCAGCGCCAGGGCAAGAUGAUCCUAGUCUACUACACUGUGGACCGGAUGGACAUUACAGAUGUUCCUUCUUCUCGAAGAUUGGAGAUAGAGGAAUAUGUUGUAGUAGGCUGGAUGCUGGUCAGAUCAAGUGUCCUCCGAAGAUGACUGCUGUAGUUGGGAAAGAUGGAUCGGUAAGGCAUUUGGGAGGUUUAUUUUUUAGAAAUUUAUAAAAAUUUUUAAAAGUACACGGCAAAAUGGCAUUUUUAGGAAAUUUUAGGGAUUUUUCUUUAAUUUUAAAUGCUUUUUAAAAUUUUUAAUGAUUGUAUUGGUUUUAAGCUCUAAUAUCUUCAGGUUCGCGCCUGCAACCCUCGUAGAGUAGGUUCCUGCCGUGGAGAAGGAUCAGUUUGUGUGUUUGAUGAAGAACAAGGCGACUUCCAUUGUUGUCAAGUUGAUGCAGCUGAGUAUGAGGAUAUCGAGGAUGAUUUAGAAGCGAGUACGAUGAAUUACUUGGCUAUUGGAAUGAAACAACAAAGACCUCCCAAGUAUAUAAACCGGCCUAGAAAGUAUUCAAAGGAUAUUGAGGAUAUCAAUGGGUGUAGGAACGGGGAAAUACCAUUUUUGGACCAUAAUAAAGUUACUUUGGAGUGUAGUGAUGAUAAAGGUAGGGUAAAUAGCUAUUUUUUGUGGGGUUUUUAGGUUAAAUAAAAUUAUAAGUUUUUAAUACCCAAAGCCAUUUCAGUCACUUGCCCACCCGGCUUUCAGUGCUACCGUUCCCGUCGCUACCAACGUUACAUUUGUUGCGGCGUCAACAAAGGUUAUUGUCCGUCGAACUCGGCCGUUUUAAUCGGCCCAAAGCAACGGAAAGUCAGCUGUGGACCGUUGUCAGGAUGCCCUGAGGGCUUUUACUGUCACAAAAGCAGUCAUUCUUGUUGUAGUUUAGAACCUACAGCUGGGAUUUGUGAGCAGGGUCUACCUUUUAUAAAUACAGAUGGAAAAGCACGGUAUUGCGAAGAAACAUGCCCUAAGGGGUAUAAGUGUACAAAGAGGUUCAAAAAGAGUGUUUGUUGUCCUGAAGCACGUAAGUUAAGUUUUGUUGUAAAAGAAGCAUAUAUUUUGAUUUUUCCUUAUUGGUUUUUACUGUUUGAACAAUAUUUUAGGUAAUAAUUAAGAUCUUUUAAUCGAUUUGAAAACUUGGAGAGGCAAAUAGCAAUACAACUUUAAAAUUAUGGUUUUAGAGCACGUCUGUACUCAGCCUUUGAACAUUGGUCUUCAUUGUAUGAUGGCCAAAUCUCACAAACAAUUCUACUAUCAUUCAGAAUCCGGAGAAUGUAGACCAUUCAUCUACACUGGCUGUUCUGGAAAUGACAAUCGAUUCGAAUCCAUUAAACUUUGUGAAGACCAUUGUCAUCUUUCAAGUAUGUUAAGCUAAAUUAACAUGGUUUAACUUUGGUAUUUAGGUAUAUGUCCUGUAGGACCAGCUUUGCGAUUGGCCAAUGGAAAUAUGGCAACGUGCUCGGAACAUGUACCAUGCCCGCUGCCGGAAUAUACAUGUCAUUCUACUGGUCGCGGACAGUUUUGUUGUCCUAGUAUAGGUAAGAAGCUUUGAAUUUGAAGUUAUGAAAGAGAAAAAGCGGAUUCUUUGCAUAAUUUAAACGGAGUUCGAAGUAGAUAAAUAGGUAAAUUAACAUUGUUAAAUUAAUGUAAAUUUUUUAGAAAACUUUGAAAUCUGCCCAUCAGAAGCUAAACCGUACGUAGUAAGUGGCCGACCAGUCGAAUGCCACAAAGCAACGGAAUGUCCUUCAAAUUAUGAUUGUCAUCGUCCAAACUACCACGCUAUGGGUCACUGCUGUGAAAAACCUGCUCCAAUGCCAUCACCUAAACCUAUCACAAUAUUGAAGCCUACAGUAAGGAACUUACCCAAAUAUAAGCCCAGACCUAUGAUUGCCAAACCAACAGAGCCUAUGAUACUUGUCGCCAAAUGCGCUGAUGGAAAAACACCAUUAAGAGCACCAGACGGAGAGAUCCAGGUGUGUAUCAUGAAUAAAGAAAUGGAAUGUCCUAAUGGGUUCAAAUGUGAAUUGGACGAGUAUCUUGGUCGAUUCCAAUGUUGCCCUUCCAAUUCGAAUACUGCAGCAGAACAAACAUGCCCAUCAGGAUUCGGUAUUCAUUACAAUUUGGCUACAGGACAAGUCAUACCAUGUGAUCCUGACGUCAUACUCAACUCUUGUCAUCGAUUUGGAAUGUGUAGGUAUAGUGAACAAUAUGAGAGACACAUUUGUUGCACUCCAAACUCAUUGGAAGGCAUGUUGAGGAUUGAACAGAACAACUCCUCACCUCAGCUCUGGAGUGGAAUUCAUCCAGGAGGUGCUGGAUGUCUGACGGAUACUCAAUGUGAUGUUAUUUAUCCAAAGGCUAAAUGUGAAAAGGGAGUUUGCAAGUGUCCGGGACGGCUGAAGGCUCAUCAAGGCAAAUGUGGUAAGGAUAAUAUAGUUUUAGUUGAUUUUUCGGGAAAAAACAUUGUUGUUAUAACUGAGAAUUAUAAAAAAACUGGCCAAAUUUAUAAAAAAUUGAAUACAGGGCUAAAAAAUUAUUUUAAAUAUAUUCAGUGUUAUAGGAUUAACACUAUAGUAGUUGUUAGCAUAGUGAGUUAAAAAUGGAUUUUAGAUGCCGAAUGUCCUGUAGGAUACUCAGAAGUGGAUGGUAUGUGUACAAUAAGCUCCUCAAAGUUGACGUAA